ACCAUCUGUGUAAUACUUAGGCCGUUUUCUACAAAAUUUUAAUUAAGUUCUAAGCUAUAUAAAUAUUUUAAAUGCUUCUAAAAUAUAAUUAAGUCAUAUCCGACAUUUAAUAAGCAAUACUGAGUUACAUUUAAAGAACUAUCUUUUUAAGCGUAAGGUGUCAGGUCAUCGCUUGUUCAAUUGGGUUCAACUAUGGAGUCAGUAUUGAAAUCUUGACGGAACGAAAAUACAUACAAUAAUGCAUAUUUGUCCGAAAAUAGACUAUUGAGAAUAAAUUUCAGCUCUGUACUUAGUGGAUUGAGAAAGUACUAGUCCACUCAUCCUAUUUAUAUUCUGUUUUGUAGGAUAUCAAACAUUGAUUUGGGAGAUAAGCAAAGGUAAAAAUUACACACCAUGGGGAAGCUGUUGUCUAAGAUUUUUGGUAACAAAGAGAUGAGGAUAUUGAUGCUUGGUUUGGAUGCAGCUGGGAAGACUACUUUAUUGUAUAAAAUGAAAUUAGGCCAGUCAGUGACGACAAUACCAACAGUAGGUUUCAAUGUGGAAACAGUGACAUACAAAAGUGUUAAGUUUAAUGUUUGGGAUGUUGGAGGUCAAGAUAAAAUUCGACCGUUGUGGAGGCAUUAUUUUACUGGCACUCAGGGGCUUAUAUUUGUUGUGGACUGUGCAGACCGAGACAGAAUUGACGAGGCCCGUCAAGAGCUUCAUCGCAUUAUAAAUGAUAGAGAAAUGAGGGAUGCAAUUAUACUUGUGUUUGCCAAUAAACAGGAUCUCCCAGAUGCCAUGAAACCACAUGAAGUACAAGAAAAAUUGGGGUUGACAAGGAUACGAGAUCGCAAUUGGUAUGUACAACCAUCAUGUGCAACGACAGGGGAUGGUCUAUUUGAAGGAUUGACAUGGCUCACUUCAAAUCACAAGUCAUGAAGCCGGCAUUAUUAGUUUAUAAAUAGGUCUAAAUUAUAAAUUAUACAUACAUCUUAUGUGUAGCACUUCACGUUGGAAGCUGCAGCCCUUUGGUAAAACUUGCUAAUUAUAUUUCAGUCUGACAGGUUACUUGUUGUUUUACUGGCAUCAUUGUGUUUUAUAAAUAUAUUUUUCUUAAACAUCUAGUACAGUUAGCAAUUUUUGACAUUAUUGGCUACAAAAUUGUAAAGGAAACAUCUUGUAUUGAGUUUUUGAAACAUAUAUUGCAAGGUUGUCAGUGUCAGUUUUAAGUUUAUGUAUAGAAUUUUGUGAUGUGCUCACGUGUGUGAGGUUUUUAUAAAUGUAUACAGGCGGCAGAUUCAGAACUUGGUGCCAGAUUUUUUAGAUUUCUAAGGAGUGAAAGUUUUAUUAUCAGAUUUACCAAAGGACUGCACUGUAAAGGGCACAGUAGUUUACUAGUUGUACAAAUUGAUUUUAAAAAAAAACAACUGCUGUGCUUGAAAAGCGAAUGUUUGCAUUUUCAUAUUAAUCACCUUGCAAUCAUUAUGGCUACUGUUGGUUUAUUAUGACUCUUCCCAUGGUAUUUAGAUUGUUCUUCAAAGCUAAAGCCCUGAAACUUUCUUACAGCACAAGCUAUUCUCAUUUUAUAUCAUGGUGUGGUAGUGUUGUAGACAGUUGUUUUUCCCUGAGUGUGUAUAUGUUUCCAUUGAAUGUUGAUGAUGGCUGGUCAGUGUAUAGUAUUAUCACGGCAAUAACCCGAAUGAUGUAAAUUGUGGUUUGUUUUGGGUGAUUAAAAUGUGGGAAUUCUGCAUAAAAAUCUUUAUUUUACAUAACAUAGUAAUCGCUUCUUUAUUAUUAUGUUUUCUUAUAUUGGCUAUGCUCAAGGCUUGUGUGCCUUAAAGUGAAUUAAGCUGAGCCUUGCAUGCAUUAUAUUCAAAGUCAUUUUUUAUUAACUACUUUUCCUUAUGUUUCUUUCGUGCUAGACAAUGAAUUAUAAAUUAUAUUAACAGUUCACUUGCAUGAAAUGGGUGGUAGUUUUCAUCAUAUAGGGAUAAAUUAUUUUGCAUUGUUACAGCUGCGUUUGUGUCACACAUUUUGAUUCCUUGCUGCUAGUUAUGCCUGGUGUUUUUAUAUUCAGCCAAUGAAAUAGGUGCAAUAUGUUCCUUAUCGUGAAAAUGACAGACUAUGACAACGUACCUAAAUUUAGUUGCUUUCUGUCAUUGGUUGGUGCUUUUUUUUUUUUUUUCAAUUUUUUUUCUCUCUGUUAAACUGAGCCUUGUAUGUAUUAUCUAAAUAAUUUUAAAAAAUUAAACCAUCUCAUACUGGCUUAGGUAUUAAAGAUAUGAUUAGCAGUUGUGAUUGUGGUGGCUCAAAAGUCCUGUUUGGGGUGUUGAAUUACUUUACUCACUGUGUUAACCUUGAAAGACUGGGAUCAUGCAUGCUGUUGGGAAACAAAUCACCAUUGUUGUUGGCUGCAGUCCUAGUUGUGUCAUGCAACCCACAGAUGAAAUCAAAUGUUUGCUUGUUGUGGUUUUGACUGAUGUUUUCAAACCUCUUAGUCACUGCCCUGUUAUAUUUGUUGACUUGUAAUAUUUCUUGAAUUACCUCAAUGUAGCCCAGCUUCUGCACAUCUAGUAGCUCUGUUUUUAAACAACUACUGGUACAUUACCUGGCAUACAGAAUUUAAUUCUGCUUGAGCCAUUUUGUAAUUAAAAGACCAAUUCAUCUCUAGUAGGUAGAAAAAAAUAUUAACUCUUGAUUGAUCCUCUUUCAUGACAUUCAAAUUUUAGUUCUGCUGAGUGUGCAUCAUGUGCAUGUAAUUCUAUAUGCGGUUUUCUUGGGUUUUUUUUUUAUAUAUAAUCUUUCAUUGAGGUACAUUGUGAUUCAGUCCUAAAAUUAUGUUUGUAUUCAGAGAAAGUAAGUUGUGGAGUGUGGUACUUAAUUUAAAUUGUGGUUUGUCAUUCUGCUUAAUUUCUCAGCAGUUAUGUCACUUUUUUUUUUCUCUUCAAACUGCUGAAAUAGUUUCCCAGUGUUUACUUUAAAUCAUAUUUUUCAUUGGGUUUAAUCUUAGGAGCUUUGUAUUGUUGAACAGAGAAAAUAACGUAUUUGGAUUAAGUAAUGUUAGUAUUUGUCGUGUCAAUAAUUUGACUGACUUACAUUUUAGUCAUAGUCUUAAAAGCAUAUUGAACAUACUUUUUUCUUGUAAGUUUACCUGCAAGUCUAAGAAAGAACUAAAGUUCUCUCCCUUGCCUAGAAGUAAUUUCCCCUUUCAAUGUUUUCUAUUGGUCAUUUAACUUCUUUCUCAAACAAAAUAUUUUAAGGGAUGUGGGAACUGUAUAGUAAGGUUCAGAAACUAAAGAACUACUACCAGAAUUUGUCAUAAUUUAUCACUAAGUUUGCUGCCUUUUAAGAUUGAGAGGAUCACUCUAAUUGGCAAGUUAAAUCAUUUUUUUUAAUUUAGAUCUUAUUUUCAUCUGGAUACAAGUUUUUUACGAUGUUUGUCUCAUCUAUGUAACCAUUGUACAAAGUUCCAUUAGUGGAGAGUUUGUGUGACUGGGAAAUUUUGUUUGUUGAAUGCUGUUUAGCAAGAUGAUGAACAAAGUUGGCAAUCUUACUAAAAAAAAAAAUCUCCUGUUUUGUUGUUUUUAAUUAUCACCAUGAUUGAUUGUUCUGCCAGAUUUUAUCUUUGAUAACUGUUGUAAAUAUAGAUUCUUACCAGUGUAAACCCUAUGGGGUUUAUCUUUUGAAUAAACACUGAAAUUUUA